AUGUGGUCGCCAGACAUGAAAGCAGUCCGGGCAACGAUCAAAAAACGUGGUGGGUUGUCGGUUCGGCGCACCUCGAGCGAGAGAGGUCGUAGUGAAGACCCUGCCGACCUCGAUUGGCACGCUGCCUGGUUAUCCGCCCAGCAUGCGAAACUGCCCGCAACUAACACAAGUCUGCGUGUUUUUGGCCGGUCCAUCUGUGACAAACAUGUUUUCAAUGCCCUCUAUGACUACAUCGGACGUUAUGCACGGGACAAUCGGGGAUUCAGUGUGGACAAUGUUAUUGAAUACCUCGACACGGAGAAGGCUUUUGAAGAUGCGGUCGAUUACGCCUUCGACUCAAAGCGAUUCCUGGUGUUUGCUAUCCUGGGUUGGCAGUCAAUGAUCUAUCAACCAGCAUUUAACGUCUGUCCUCCGAGCCAACUCACGAUUCACCAUGAUGCCGGCAACCCCGACUCUGGACUGGUCUUCGACGAGUACACCGUCUCUGCCGAGAUGUGUGAUCGUCCACUCCACGUUCUCCUCAAGAGCUUUGGCAAUCUCCUCCCCGCGCGCUCCAGCAACACGGCUCUCGCGGCGGUAGAAAGCAGCAAAGCAGCAGCAUCAUGGACCGCCCUCUAUCCGAGCGAACUCAAUGUCUAUCUUCUACAUGCUUUACUCCGAGUACGGUUCCGGUGGGUCGACACGCUCGCCUUGCAUCUCGAUUAUGACAGAUCUACUCGGACCCUCUCGCUGUUCAGUUUUCCCUCCAUACGUAUCUCACAACUGAGGGAGCGGAGUGGGACCAUCUUCGCUUUCACCAGCACCGAAAUGCAGCCCGUGGACCCCCGAGCUGACGAGGACGACAUUGCUCACUUUCUCGAGGAGGUGCUCCUCUCGUUCCGACUGCUCUUUGGCCAGUCGGCUAAAUCUCGCAAGCUGUUUCGCCACAUCGUUAACCCAGCUCAGAUGCUGUCCCCGCAGCCGGACAUGCUCCUCCCUCUUUUGUGCUCGGAGAAACACCCAUUUGCUGGUGUUUCGGAAGAGAACUGGACGCCCAGGGACCGGCGUGUCUACUUCGCGGCACGGGACUUCCCGGUUAUGUACGAGAGGGUCGAACAUCUCGCAAAGGAGUUGAACGGGAUCAAACCGAAGUCGAUGGGGGAUCUACUACGCGACAGACGGGACACUCUGCAGUUCUGGACGUUUUGGCUUGUGGCUGCUGUCGGAGGGGCGAGCGUGGUUUUGAGUCUGAUUCAGGUAAUCUUGCAAGCCAUUCAGCUUGCGCAAGGGGCUGGAAUUGGAUGA